AUGGCUAAAAGUAAAUCCAAAGCGAGAUCUCGGAACAAGAACAAACAAAAUGUUCCUGGUAACAUUCUUGUCAACUCGACGAUUGAGACAAACUCAGCAUGGAACACAAAUGCUGGAUGGACUCGGGCCAUCCCUUCCAACAACCAUCACCGUGCCCGUCAACCUCUCAUGAAGGUAACUCCUAUCUGCAAGCCUGAAGAUGGAGGACGCUAUGGCCCCAAGGAGUCUCGAGAGCGUCUCGAGUCCCAAGGCUACCAUCCCUUGGUCACUAGCAUGACUAAGGAAGAGGUCGAGGCCUCUUACGAAGAGAAACGCAAGAAGAGCCUCUACAAGCCAGAUUUUAGUGACUAUGCCCACAAGGGAAAAGAACAAGGCUUCCAAGGUCGAUAUACAUGCGACAUGAAUCUGCUUAUCAAGGCAACCGGCUCCUCCAUUGAGAAUAAGCAUGAUACCUCCGAACUCACCAAGGAAGUCUUCAACGGAACACACCCGCAAGGCCUCCUAAUCGCACAGCAACUUGCUUCGCUCGGCAUCAAGCAUCUUGAAAAGCUUGCUCUUGCUCGCCCACAUGAAUGGGACGCCCUUUCCAAGGGUAUGGCUAUUUGGGAUUUCACCACCAACAAGUUCCAUGGCGAACCAUCUGGUCACGUCUUUUUGUGUCUUUUCCCAAAGAUUUCUCAGAGAGCUUUCAGCGAGUCACCUGCCCACGAGGAAAAUCGAGAACAGGAAAAAGGUACUCGGAAGGAUAUCAUCAAUCUGGUCAAAUCGAUUCACUCUGAAUGUGGUCCUACAGAGCGACCUGCUUGGCAUGCCAAAGAAAGACUGAAGAUGCAAAUUGAGGGGAUGAGCCCAGAAGUCUUGCGCUGUCGCAACAGCGGCACAAAGCCACCGCAGGUUGUGAUCAACAUGACCAGGUCCAUCCCAGACAUCAGCAACCUCGAAGACAUGAUGCAAGACUAUGUCGACCAACCUGAAAAUCUCGACUAUUACAUGUCGAAGCCAGUCGCACUGAAGAAUAUGUUCGGCCUCCUCACAAACAUCUUCAACAGAAGGACAAAUACUCGUGUUCUUCACUUCCAGAAAACGCCACUUCUUGACCGACGACUGUUGGCAUGCAUCCUGCGUGCUUGCCCCCACGUCACCACCAUUGGCAUCUAUCAAUGCCCCCUGAUUCACUUUGGUGAUAUCGUCUGCCUUUUGGACCUUAUCCAUGAGGUCAAUUUGAAGCGCAGCAGCCAGGGCUUGCCCUUAGUAGAAGCCUUGGACUUUUACCCUCUGUACCAAGCCGGCAUGCCCUUCAAGGUGCCCACUGCCGACAAUCUCACCAAGGUAGAGAAGCAACGUGGUAUGGAGCCUGCCGGAAGAGAGACACAUGGAUACGGCAUCACUUGGACCCAUAUGGACCUCGAGAUGGUCCAGCGAGGCGUUUUCGCCAUUCUUCUGAAAACUGUUCUGAAGGCUCGCAAGAUGGGCAUCCGUCUUCUGAUGGAUAAAGACGCAGCCUUCAUGAAGUACCUCUCGGAUAUUCCCAUGCUACCCGGUAUCAUUUUUCAAUUCCUAGACGGGUUGUACCGCUAUCUUGAUCUCAAAGAGGCUGGAUCCAAAGACCACGCCGCCAUGAGAAGAGCGAAGUAUGACAUGGUCCUGGCCGUACGCACCGACCUACAGCCGCCAAAUUAUAACAGUCUUGACCCGUCCUACGACGAUACCCGAAAGGUCACUUCAAUCUUUUGCCGCUCGUGUGGGUACAAGAUGUUGGACAUUUUCUUUUGCCCCCGGCAGGUCCGAAACCGACCUGACCCUCAAGACUGCGCUGGGUGUACGUUCCAGGGCUUGCUUGACCAUCAGAGCGAUCACCAAAAACAACAUGACAUCUCUCUGAUGGGACUUUUCUUAGAGGAGGACUGGGACCCCAAAGGUUUCAACGUUGAUGCUCCGGUCCAUGACGAUGGCCAAGAACUCCUUUCUUUGCAGCCCCGGAAGACCACACAUGACCUCCCUCAGAUGGUGCUCCUCCCAAAUGGUGAUUUCGACCGGCCAUCGUUACAGGAGCAACUUAUUUGCGAGCACAAGAAAAAUAACGACUGCCUCCAGGGCCUGGCAACUCUUCAAGACUUGCUCCUACAGAAGGACGCCAAUAAGACACAAGCUAAGAACUAUGCUCUUCAUAUUGAUGCAUGCCGGGCCCUCUCGAUCAUCAUGACUUACACUGACUCUAAACUUGCUGAGCUGGAUGAAAAUGAUGGUGUCGGGGGUCAUUUCUGCGAAGGCCAGGGAUGGCGCCCUCUCCUUAAAGGAUUCAGAGAUGCAAAGGAAAGCCACACAUUCGAGUCAGCCACGAAGGCGGCCCAAAACCUCAAAGUGAGGGCCGACAUUGCAGAAGGUCGACGACCGGAACAGGAUGCUGCGGGAUUUUGGUGA